ACACGUGUUGAUUAUUUGGGAUUACUGGUUAAUGCUUGUUUGCCCUUUGGCGCUUAGUUCUACCGUCUCGAGCAAUGCGCAUGGAUUCCAGAGCGAAAAGCGGAGGAUCGACGAGGCGCUGCCACUGCUAGGGUUUCUUGGAAUUCGAAGGAGCCGGCUAUGGAUCCCGGCCGCAACAGCGACAGCGAGGAGGAGGAGAGCGUGUGUGGCAGCCGAAGCUGGGAGGUCGUGGCAUCGGAUCCCGACUCCGGAUUAUCCGACUCGAAUUGCGACGUCCAGAUGCAUGAGGCCGGCAUCACUGUUCUUCCCCAGCACUUCCUUCUCCCGCCGGCGGCGCAAGCAUGCGCGCAAGAAUCCAAGGCAGUGGAGGAGGAAGAAUCUUCACGAGGAAUCCGGGCAGCAGGAGCAGCAUCACAGGCAGCAGCAGCAGCAGCAGCAGCACGAUUUGGAUUUGCUAUCGACGCUCAUCUCGUCCGUCCUAGAAUCCGAGAAGAGGGAGGGUGGGAUUGCCGAGGGAGGAGACCUCCAGACAGGGACAGGAGAGGAGGCAUCAUCCCUGGCGAGUUUGCAUCGCGAGAUUGUGUCGGAGUCGGGAUUUAGCGCUUUGGUUCCAUCGGAUCUUCACGGGAAUGUGUUGAGACCGGAAGAACAGGAGGAGGGCGAGGCGAUUGGCGAGGAGGGUGGUGGUGGUUUUGGAAUUGGAGAAGAAGAGGAUGGGAGGAUAGGGGGAAGCUGGAAGAAGAAGAUUGCGAGUUAUAUCCGGAGGGCGAGUACGCUGUGGUCUCUCACGAUUGCUGCGGCGCUGGUGGGACUCGUGAUCAUUGGGCAACGAUGGCAGCACGAGCGCUGGCAAAACCACCAGAUGCGCUUGCAGCUUUGCUACAAGGACGAGAAAAUCAGCCAGCUUCUCUUCCAGAUCGCUCGAUUGAAGGAGACGGUCUCGGGUCGGAGGAGAGUGCCAGUGAUCAAAGCGAGCGCGGUUUGAGCUUGAGUCGACCGAGGCGAUCAAAAAAGAGUUCAAAGAGAAACAAAGAAGAGAGAAGAGAUUUCUUCUUCCUCCAUGCAUCGCAUUGUUGGCCUCGUUCGUUCGUAUUACAUAUAAAUGGGGAAUUAAGAAAGCGACAUAGAA